AUGGAUUCAACAUCUUCCAUAUCUGCUAAUGUUAAUAACAUUCCUGUGCUUAAUGGCACAAACUUCAAGAAAUGGAAGGAACACGUUAUAAUUGUGAUUGGGUGCAUGGAUUUGGACUAUGCAUUAAGAGAUGAUCGCCCUGUAGACCUUACUAGUGCCAGCACUGCUGAGCAAAAGGCUACUAUGGAAAAAUGGGAGCAAUACAAUCGCAUGAGUCUAAUGAUAAUGAAGCACUCAAUUCCAGAAGCUAUAAAGGGUGCAAUACCUGAGGAGACCCGAGCCAAGACAUUCUUGGACCAGAUAGCAAACCAAUUCACUGCAAACGAAAAGGUUGAGACAAGCACUAUUCUUAGUAAGCUUGUCUCCAUGCGGUACAAAGGGAAAGAGAAUAAAAGCAAACGUGAUGAAAAACAAGAGGAAUAA